AUGGCGGAUACUAUUUUGGGACAAAAUAAUGCUAAGUGGGAUGAAUAUGCACACAUUAAAUUCAUUGAAUUAUGUGAGCAAAAAGUUAGAAAAGAAAAUAGGCCAAACACUUACUUGUCGAAAGAUGGAGGGAAGAAUAUGUUAAUGAGAGGUGAGACAGGUUUAGGAUGGGAUCCCACAAGAAAAAUUAUUAUUGCAGGUGAUGAUUGGUGGGAGCAAAAAAUAAAGGAGAAUUCUAAAUACAAAAAAUAUAGAAACAAAGACCUCUCUCUGAUAUGGUUCCGUUCUGAUGCUCUAUUUACUGAUAUUAUUGCCACUGGAGAGAGAGCACGUGCAGCGAAUCAAGAACAAGAGUCUGAAGUUGGGUUAGAACAAGAUGAUGAUGGAACAAAUAAUGUUUAUGAUAAUGACGUAGAACAAUGGAAUAAUGAAAGGAGUGAUGAAAGUUACGACUUGCAGAAUAUAGAUUCAAUUACAUUCCCCAAGCCAUCACUUAGAAAGUGA